AAACAGUGUGUACAAGAGCGGGAUUUCCCGGGAGUUCCCAGGAUUACAUUAUGAUGACUAUUUAUUAAGAUGCACUAGCAAUGAUUUUUUUCAUAUCCUUUCUAAGGAGAGCAAGAUUAUCCAGGACAUUUUCUGUCUUUCAGGUGGAAAAUUUGGUGUCUCAUGAUGAAAAGCAGACCCAGUUUUAUUCUGCCAUUCCUUCAAACAUGGAUCUGUCUUCUUCUGGCAGAAUCGUCUUCAAACUGCUUAAUUAGAGAUGAUAAAGCCUACUGUGCCCUGAGGAACCUGUACGAGGUGCCGGUUUUGCCUCCUAACAUAACUUAUUUGGAUCUAACCUUAAAUUACAUUAGUGAAAUCCAUGAGAAAUCCUUCUAUGGCUUGGAAAAGCUACAGAUUCUUCUGAUCCAGCAACAGGAGGUAACGCUUGUCUUGAGGAAUAAUGCCUUUAGUGGGCUGUCCAAUCUGAUAAAACUAGAUCUGGCUUACAACACAAACCUACGAGUGGAUCCAGGAGCAUUCAAUGGAUUAUUCAACCUUCAGAUACUCAAUCUUACAGAGUGCAAGUUAUAUGACUCUAUUCUUUCAGGAGAUUACCUGAAACCUCUGGUGUCUUUGGAGCAGCUUUCGCUAGCUGGAAAUAAUAUACGUAAAAUCCGUCCUGCUCCUUUCUUUGUCAACAUGAACAAAUUACAUAUCGUAGAUGUCUCCCAUAACUGGAUUAACAGUUUUUGUGAAGAAGAUUUAUUCCAUUUUCAGGGUAAACACUUCACACUCCUGAAAUUGCGUGAUAUCAAAAUGUAUGAUAUGAAUCCAUAUUGGGGUUCAUGGAAUAAAUGUGGAAACCCGUUCAAGAACAUGUCUAUGACGGUGCUUGAUUUGUCUCUGAACAGCUUCAGCGUUAACAUGGCGGUGCUGUUCUUCAGAGCAAUCCGAGGAACCAAAAUUCACAAUCUGAUCCUUAAACACAGUGGCAGCAUGGGAAAGGGAGUUUGGUACAACAAUUUUAAAGACCCAGACCGAGACACAUUUAUGGACCUGGCUGAGAGUGACAUUAAGGCUCUCGACCUGUCCAAAUCUAGCAUUUUUGCGCUUAAAAAUUCAGUAUUCAGUUAUAUGUCAGAUCUAGAGGAAAUCUUAUUAGCUAGUAAUUCAAUCAACCUAAUUGAGAGAGAUGCCUUUUAUGGCCUGGACAAUUUAAGAAUGCUCAAUCUGUCUAACAACCUAUUGGAUAAAAUUUAUUCAGGAACGUUUAAGAAUUUACCGAGUCUUGAAACACUGGAUUUGUCUAAUAAUAACAUAAGGAUGCUUAUGUAUCAGUCAUUUCAUGGUCUAUUCAAUUUGGUUCAUCUAUCUUUAUCUGAAAAUUCCUUACAAUACGUACAUACACUAGCACACCUUCCACAGCUGAAAAAGCUCCACUUAGACAAUAACAGAAUUACAUCGUUGCACGGUUUACCGAGCCAAGCAAGAAACGUCACUACUAUUGAUUUGAGACACAACAAAUUAAGUAAUGCCGAGAGCUUUUACACGGUAUUAGUGGAAUUCCCCCAAAUUGAAAAAAUUUACCUCGGAGGCAACAGGUUUUCACGGUGUUUGCUUAAUUCUCACUAUUCCGUGUCACCUUUAAACAACGUCCAAUUUCUCGACCUCCACAUGACCGGCUUGCAAACUCUCUGGCAACAAGGAAAAUGUCUCCACAUGUUCGACCACCUUCACCAGUUACAGACUCUUCUUCUUCAACAAAACUACAUACGUUCUCUUCCCAAGGACAUUUUUAAGGGACUCACCUCGUUAAGCGCUUUAGAUUUAUCCGUCAACUCUCUAACCUACAUAUCUAACAACGUAUUCCCUAAAAGUCUGAGGACACUGAAGCUUGCUCACAAUCAACUCGGUUCUGUUGAUCCACAAGCCUUCGGCACCCUGACCGAGUUAGACUUGUCUGCCAAUCGCUUUCUUUGUGAUUGCAGCCUGAGACACUUACAGACAUGGUUAAGUCAGAAAAGUGUGAAAAUGUUGACCGCUGCUGAGGGACUGACAUGUGAGUAUCCAGAACAGCAGCGAGGAAAAUCUCUACUGCAAGCUGCAUUGUGCAAAAACUACUGAAAUACAUGAAAGACUGAUGAUGAUUUGAUUAUUGUUUGAAUAUUGUUUUUAUCACUGCUGCUGACAAGAACAUAAAGCAAGAAAUAAACAUGACAAAGCUUGAUUGUCUUCA